AUGGAUAUGGAAAUCGACGGAACAGACGGGAAACCAUAUGUACUUAUAGAACCUCGUAAGCUACCAAUCACGAAAGGGUCACGAAAUAAAGAAAACUAUACAAACGGAGACUCUUUAAACUCCGUUUUGGACAAUUUUUUUGAGCCUAAGACAGGGAUAGUUUAUGAUAAACGGAUGCGUUAUCAUGGAAAUAUACAUGAAGAAGAGCACCACCCAGAAGAUCCAAUGAGGAUUACCGUUAUUCAAGAGAAAAUUAAAAAUACUGGCUGUUUAAAUAAAAUGGUUAUGAUAAAGACUCGUGAAGUUUUGCGCGAGGAAGCCUGCCUUGUACACACAGAAGACCACUGGGACUUUGUUACAAAGACUGCACAAAUGAGUGAUAGCGAAUUAAUAAAGAUGGCAGAUGAACAUAAUUCUAUUUAUCUUAACAACGAGACAGCAUUUUGUGCAAGAUUAUCAUGCGGUGGUGUAAUUGAACUAUGCAAAGCAGUUAUUGAUGGAACUGUCACAAACGGUUUUGCAAACGUUCGUCCUCCAGGUCAUCAUGCGGAAAUAAAUGAACCAAUGGGAUUCUGCUUUUUUAAUAAUGUAGCGGUUGCAGUUCAAUGCUUGAGAAAACAUUAUAAUAUAGACAAAGUGUUCAUUCUUGAUUGGGAUAUUCAUCACGGUAAUGGUACGCAAAAAGUUUUCUAUAAUGAUCCUAAUGUGGUAUAUUGUUCGUUACAUCGAUAUGAGAAUGGAGACUUUUAUCCUGGAGAUAGAGCAUUAGCUAAUUAUACAGCCAUAGGUGGAGGUGAGGCCAAAGGCAAAACGAUAAAUAUACCAUGGCCUCGCGCGGGAAUGACAGAUAGUGAUUAUAUAUUCGCGUUUAACAAAGUUGUGAUGCCUAUAGCUUACGAAUUUUCACCAGAUAUUGUAAUUGUAUCAGCAG